UACAGACAGACAGCAUGCAGUGAGUACUCAGUGAUGGCCAAGUACGGGAGAAGCCAGGCUGGAAUGAACAUAUGGGACCAUUUUGUGCAGGUUCUUAGCGCCAAGACCCACUGGUCCCCCGGGCUCGUGGGCCGCCGGCAGCCUCGGCUUGUUCUCCAGACAGUGUUCCAAGCAACCACUUCCAGCGAGGAAGCGUUGGCCUGAGAACUGGAACCUGUUUGCGGUCUCUGCAAACAUGACAAUGACAAACACUUGAGAGGGCACGGGAGAAAUGAGCUCCUUUAUAGGGCAGGGAGGGGUGGGCACUUGGGUGUGACCAAGGAGAGGAGGCGCGCCUGGUCAACAGCUCUCCCUGGUCCGUGUCCAGCUCCCUCCUCACGUAGAGGGGCGUCUCAGGGAUGGCAUCUUUCCCCCCACAGGGAAAUUCCUAUCUUUGAAACAGCAUGGGAAUCGAGGCACCCAGGAGGGGAGCAGAGGCAGGCAGGCCUCCUUCAGGCCCAUCCUCCAGCUGGGCUGGUGGUGCCAGGGAGGCUCCCUGCUUGGUAACGAAGGCCUGAGGGGGAGUUGUGAAACCCAGCAGGAAAGCCGGCUCACCUUCGCCUCCCCCUGCGGCUGGGAGGAGAGGAAAUAUCCCAUGGCUGACUGUGCCAAGGCGGUGUCUGAGCCAGCCCUCCCGGCCCGAGGGCAUGGCAGGUGGCCCUGAGAGAUAAGCCAAUCCCGCGGCUGCAGAUGAGGAGUUCUGAGAAGCAUUGCUCAGGACAGCGGUAAAUCACUUCUUGGAGGUGCCCUGCACGCCGGUCCUGGGAGCAGGCGGCCUCCCGGGGGUGCGGGAGCCCCAGUCCUCCGUGGUGUGUUCCAUUUGCUUCCCACAUCUGGAGGAGCUGACGUGCCAGCCUCCUCCAGCACCACCCAGGGACGGGCGGCAUGAGCCGGUCAAGGCACCUGGGCAAAAUCCGGAAGCGUCUGGAAGAUGUCAAGAGCCAGUGGGUCCGGCCAGCCAGGGCUGACUUUAGUGACAACGAGAGUGCCCGGCUGGCCACAGACGCCCUCUUGGAUGGAGGUUCUGAAGCCUACUGGCGGGUGCUCAGCCAGGAAGGCGAGGUGGACUUCUUGUCCUCGGUGGAGGCCCAGUACAUCCAGGCCCAGGCCAGGGAGCCCCCGUGUCCCCCAGACACACUGGGAGGGGCGGAAGCAGGCCCUAAGGGACUGGACUCCAGCUCCCUACAGUCCGGCACCUACUUCCCCAUGGCCUCAGAGGGCAGCGAGCCGGCCCUACUGCACAGCUGGGCCUCAGCUGAGAAGCCCUACCUGAAGGAAAAAUCCAGUGCCACUGUGUACUUCCAGACCGACAAGCACAACAACAUCAGAGACCUCGUCCGCCGCUGCAUCACCCGGACUAGCCAGGUCCUGGUCAUCCUGAUGGAUGUGUUCACGGAUGUGGAGAUCUUCUGUGACAUUCUAGAGGCAGCCAACAAGCGUGGGGUGUUCGUUUGUGUGCUCCUGGACCAGGGAGGUGUGAAGCUCUUCCAGGAGAUGUGUGACAAAGUCCAGAUCUCUGACAGUCACCUCAAGAACAUUUCCAUCCGGAGUGUGGAAGGAGAGGUGUACUGUGCCAAGUCAGGCAGGAAAUUCGCUGGCCAAAUCCGGGAGAAGUUCAUCAUCUCAGACUGGAGAUUUGUCCUGACUGGAUCUUACAGCUUCACCUGGCUCUGCGGACACGUGCACCGGAACAUCCUCUCCAAGUUCACAGGCCAGGCGGUGGAGCUGUUUGACGAGGAGUUCCGCCACCUCUACGCCUCCUCCAAGCCCGUGAUGGGCCUGAAGUCCCCGCGGCUGGUCGCCCCCGUCCCGCCCGGAGCAGCCCCGGCCAAUGGCCGCCUCAGCAGCAGCAGUGGCUCAGCCAGUGACCGCACGUCCUCCAACCCCUUCAGCGGCCGCUCGGCGGGCAGCCACCCCCGUACCCGAAGUGUGUCGGCGUCUUCGGGGCCCGGCAGCCCCGCGGCCCCACACCCGCCUCCACCGCCCCGGUUCCAGCCCCACCACGGCCCUUGGGGAGCCCCGAGUCCCCAGGCCCACCUCUCCCCGCGGCCCCACGACGGCCCGCCCGCCGCCGUCUACAGCAACCUGGGGGCCUACAGGCCCACGCGGCUGCAGCUGGAGCAGCUGGGCCUGGUGCCGAGGCUGACUCCCACCUGGAGGCCCUUCCUGCAGGCCUCCCCUCACUUCUGAAGGUCCCUUCCCCUGCUGCCCUCCUCAGGCCCAGGGCUGGGCACUCCCUGAAGCCCAAAGACCCACCUCAACGACGAGUGGCGUUGAGCCACUUCCCUUUGAAAAGACACUCAAAAUCAUUGCCAUGGUUCAAUGUUCCCAGGCCCCAGGCCAUCCACUUACCCGCCCUCACCAGUCCUUGGGUUCCCUGCUCUAGUUUGACCUGUGCAGCACAUUCCAGAAGGUUCCAGGGAGGUUGUGGGGCAGCUAGAGGACAAAAUCAUGAAAACAGAGUCCCUGUCUUCCAGAGAUCAUCCCGGGCUUUAAUAUUAAUGGUCCCCAAAACUCCCUAAGAAGCAGGAAAUGCAGCCCAAGUUUUACAAAUGGGUAAACAGAGGCACCGGGAGGUAGAUGAUAGGUUGGUACUUCUGGUUCCCAGUGCCCAGGAAUGGUCCACUCUCAAGAAAUUCAGGAAAGACAGACUGAGGAGAAGGUGUGGGAACGUUCUGGAUGUUUCAGGAGAGUUGGGGAAACUCCUCCUCCUAGGAAAGGCUAAUACUAGGGUAUCCCUGGGCCCGAUGAGUUAGGGGUGAGGCCCCAGAACCCGUAUCUGUGAGUUGUAUGGGGGAGCCAUCUGAAGCUGUAGCCACCAGGGAUGGAGCUAGCUGAGGAGUUAGGGAGGUCAGGUUGGACAAGGCAGUUUAGUAGACUCAGAUUCUUGCUUCAAAGAGCCUUGGGCUGGCCUGGAGGUCCCUGGAGUCUAGACUGGACCUGGGAGCUUGAGUUGUCAGGGGCCAGGACUGGCCCCACUGCAGUGCCCAGGCCAGUCUUGAGCAGCAGGGAGGGCUCAGCGGUCCCCAGAUCCAGGUGCCUCUGACCAGCCUGGUCACCUCCUGAGGAAUAAAUGCUGAACCUCACAAGCCCCAUCAUUCAUUCCUUCUCAAUUCACAGUGCCCCUCUUUGUUCCUGGGGUGGAACUAGGUCCUGAGGGCACAGCCUAGCUGAAUGCAAAGAAAUAUAGGAUGCUUAGAAAGCAUAAAGGAGGGGCUGGGCGUGGCGGCUCAUGCCUGUAAUCCCAGAACUUUGGGAGGCCAAGGUGGGUGGGUUACCUGAGGUCGGGUGGAUUACCUGAGGUCAGGUGGAUUACCUGGUCUCGAGACCAGCCUGACCAAUAUGGUGAAACUACCCCCACACCCCGCAUCUCUACUAAAAAUACAAAAAUUAGGCUAAGACAGGAGAAUUGCUUGAACCCAAGAAGCGGAGGUUGCAAUGAGCUGAGAUUGCAUCACUGCACUCCAGCCUGGGCAACAAAGGGAGAUCCAUCACAGAAAAAAAAAAAAAAAAAAAAAAAAGAGAGAGAGCAUAGAAGAGGGUUGGCCAGCCCUGUGGUGGGUGGGACAUCAGGGACACUUCCCAGAGAAAGUAACAGUUAACCCUGCACCUCAGGUGUGAUAGCGGGGUCAGUGGUAUGUGAUCCACGCUGGGCAGCCAGAGGGGAGCAGGUGCCAACUCCACAUCCUUCUCCUGUUUCUAGGCCCUCUCCUCCCUUGUCUGUUUUUGAGGGGGAAGCUCAGCCUUCGCUGUGGAGGGCCGAGAGCACAGUGCUCUUCCUCCUGGUGCCCUUUGACCCCUGACGGCCUGUGGCACCCUCCCCAGUCCCGUCUGCCCAUCCAUCCCUCUGUUUCAAUUCUCCACUGCUCCCAGCAUGGUCUGGGGCAUCUUGGCUUCUGGUUUCUUUUAUUAUUAUUAUUAUUAUUAUUAAUUACUGUAUUCCUGUCCUUCACUUUUUUCCUUAGUUCCUGAAAGUAAACAGAACAAAACAAAAACAAAAAAACAAACAACGCUUUGGUUCCUGAUGGCUUUCUCAACUUCAGCCCUGACCUUGUUGUUUCACAGCUGAUGGCUGAGAUGAGGUUAGAAUGACUGGGCCCGGCUGAACAUUCCAAAUUAGAUUUCACCAUCUGCUGAGAAAGUUUAAGGAAGGCAAAACUUGCCAGGUCACAGAAGCUCCCAAGCCCAGCUUUCCAAAGGCCUCAGCCUGUGGCUGUGUCGAGCUCAGUCCUGGGAGAUAGGGGAGAACCUGCAGGCAGGAACAAGCCCCCCUACUCCUGACCACCCUCCAUCAGCAGUCUCCCCUCCGUGGUCAUCUUUGUUGACAAAGGUGCAGUUUCUCCUCUCCUGGGCACCUGUAAUGUGUGAUGCGCUGCCUGCUGGAAGGUUAGGUCGGGGCUGCCCCGGAGCAGAAUGACUGAGGAUCACUUCUGGGCAGAAGCUUUGAGAGCCUGGGUACAGGUUGCCUCAUGGAAGCAGCUCUCCAGUUGAAGCCCUCCUCUGCCAGCCUGGGGUCCUAAGCGAUGAGCAGAAUCCCCCACUCCCACCCCACCAACCCACAAUGGAUAUGUAGUGAGCAAGAAUGAAACCUUUGUUGUUUAAGCCAC